GCGCAUGCGCACUUCGCAGUCUUUAAAUACCCGAGUCACCCCUCCACAACAAAACAAUCUGCUGUCAGCCGGGCUACAGCUUAAUCCAAGUAGUUACUGGCGCUUAAAACAUUAUGGUGCUAGGGAUAUGGCUUACUUCUGAAUACUUUUAUUAGAGGACACGUUCGAAGUGGCCCUAAAAGUGUACUGAGUCGGGAGAGACGGACUGAAAAGCAGAAAGAAAAGAAAAACAAAGAUGGCUGUGUAGCCAGAGAAACAAGUCCCAACAGAGCUGUCUCUAGCUUUAAUCACCGACAAGUCCCGUGAGUCUCGUGAAUAGUCGGCCGCUAUCGUAGCGGGGAUGCGGGGAGCGCUGCCGACGGGGCUGGUUGUUGUACGUCGCUGUCAUUGCGAGUAAGCGCAUCGAGAGGGGCGACAGCAGCUGAGCGAGUCCGGGUUGUUUUUGUUCUGCCCGGGCACAGGGAGAGAGGACUGCCGCGUUUGUGUCAACACAGCUAGCCGCGUAUCUGCUAGCCUCACUGUAAGUCAACAACACGAGUCGCCGGAGAGAAUGUUGCCAUGGUUGCACAUUGCAAAAUGAACUUAGACAUUAAAUGAAAUUCAAGUUGCUCGGUUGCAUCAUCGGUAAGUCGCAUUCCUUCCUAACAACCAGCUUCCGCCGCGUUAGCCUAGCUUACGUUAGCUCGCUGUCAGCUGACCAUUAGCUCGACAGGUAGUACGCUAGCCCCCAGCUAACGGGCUAAUACUUCGAACAUAACAAACAUUUUGAAACGUUCAGCGCCAUGUCUUCACUGGAAGAGAGGGACGUGGGCGUUGCGGCCGCCCCUGGCUCCUCCUCGGCCGGCCUGGGGGUCGGGGCCGUGGGGGCAGCGGUGGAGGCUGUCGCCGGGGUAGCAGCCAUGCAAGAGGAUGUGGGGAUACGGCGAGAGGGGCCCGAGCCCGACCCUGACGAGCCACCCAAGAAGAGGGUGAAAAUACAGGAGGGAGAGUCAGGAAAGCUGGAGGAGAGACUGUACUCAGUGCUGUGCUGCACCGUGUGCCUAGACUUGCCCAAGGCGUCUGUUUAUCAGUGUACCAAUGGACACUUGAUGUGUGCUGGCUGUUUUAUUCACCUCCUGGCUGAUUCCCGUCUAAAGGAGGAACAGGCCACGUGUCCGAACUGCAGAUGCGAGAUCAGUAAGAACCUGUGCUGCAGGAACCUGGCGGUGGAGAAAGCUGUCAGUGAGCUUCCCACAGAUUGUACCUUCUGCUUAAAACAGUUCCCGCGCUCCAGCCUGGAGAGACACCAGAAGGAGGAAUGCCAAGACAGGGUGACUCAGUGCAAGUACAAGCGGAUUGGCUGUCCGUGGCAAGGUCCGUUUCAUGAGUUGCCAGCACACGAAGGCGAAUGUUCUCAUCCGACUAAGACGGGUACUGAGCUGAUGGGAAUUCUGGGUGAAAUGGACCAGGGCCACCGCAGAGACACGCAGCUCUACAACAGCAUCUUCAGCCUCCUCUGCUAUGAGAAAAUCGGAUUUACAGAGGUUCAGUUCAGGCCGUACCGCACUGACGACUUCAUCACUCGUCUGUACUACGAAACGCCACGUUUCACCGUUCUCAACCAGACGUGGGUGCUGAAGGCUCGAGUGAACGACUCUGAACGCAACCCCAACCUGUCCUGCAAACGCACCCUCUCCUUCCAGCUCAUCCUCAAGAGCAAGGUGAAUUCUGCGCUGGAGUGCUCCUUCCUGCUGCUGAAGGGCCCGUACGACGACGUGCGGAUCAAACCGGUCAUCUACCACCACUCCUUCAGCAACGACACCAACGAGACGGACUACGUCCCCCUGCCCAUCUCUGACUCUGUGGAGUGCAACAAACUGCUGGCCGCCAAAAACAUCAACCUGCGCCUGUUCAUUUUCCAAGUUCAAAAAUAAGCAAAGAGAAAAAAAAACGACAGGAAAAGAGGCAGAAGAUGAAAGAGUGAAGGAAUAGGUGGUGAUCGCCGGCGAGGGUCAAAGAGCAGACGCCAUGAUUAAAGAGAGACACCACUGAACCAUUAUUACCUCUACACGCACACACACACACACACACACACACACACACCACUAAUUACACAUACCUCCUUACACAGAUUACAUCACCCCUUGCUCGGGAAAGCUGUGAGUUGCUAUGGAGAUGGGUAGGGCUCAUUUGGACGGAGAGGCGGGCCGGUGCAGGGUGGGGGUCGGCGGCGGACGGGUCGGCACUCACCUGUGGUUUUGUGCCUGACCUUUCACCUCUGACACGCCCAGCCAAAGGUAGCACACACCUAACCAAAGCAGGGUUUGCUGGCCGUGUCUGUGUGUUCGUCUAAGCGGGACCCCGGCUCUGCUUUCGUGUCGACACAUUCCAAAGACGCACAACAAUGUGAAGAACUCUACACAACCGUUCUUUGGAUGUAUGACUGGACUCGUAGGGCAUGCACAUGUGGGCCCCCCCCCUCCCCUAAUUCUCACUUGAUGCCUCAGCCCCGCCCCCUUCACAGCCUACUCUGCUGUUAUGGCAAAAAAAAGAAAAACAUCUGUUUAUCUUCCUUUUUUUUUUUUUUUUUUAAAAAACUACUCCACAUCUAAUGAAGAGCAUUUGCUGUUAUGGCAAAAUAAAAAACAUCUGUUUUUAUUUCUUUUAAUUUUUACUCCACAUCUAAUGAAGAGCAGAGGAUGCAUGUGUGUUUCAGGUCUGCAGCUUAUUCCUUAUCACUAACUUUAUUUUUUAUUGACCCCAAAUAUUUAAUUAUCUGUGAGAUUUACUCAUCUUGGUUUGGUUUUAGUGUGUGGCUGGUUGCAUUUGUGUGUGAUUUUUUUUUAUUUUUUUUGUUUUUGUUUUUUACUUAACAGUUUUUCAUUUUAACCCCAACAGUCUUGUUGUUAUCAUCUAUCCCAUGUCUUCAUUUAUCUGCUGAAAAAACAAUUAUUUUCCCCCAUGAAGUUUUCUUUUAGUUUGGAUUCUAUCUAUUCAUUUUCUUCAAGCUUUUUGCUUCUUUCUUGUUAUUUGGUUUCAUCUGAUUAACAUGGAGUAACUAAAAAAGAAGUAUUUUACUAAAGAGGGCGGCACUUUAGCCAGCAAGUAAAACUGUCCCAACUUUACGGAGUCUAUCUGGGUUUCUUCACGGCCCUCUUAAAAAAUAUUUUUAGCUCUGAGUGCAGAUAUGUCAGUCAGGGAAUGGUAAUAGGGGGGUACCUUACCACGGACGCACAUUAGUGUUUGAAUGGAAACGCAGUGAGGUUACUUAAAAAAAAAAAUAGGCAGACAGAGCUUUCUCUCCUCCUGACCUCUAUUUCCUGUAUUUCUGUGUUUUAAUGCUUCGUCGUUUUGCCAGUGGACUCACUUGCUCACUCAUCUCACGAUGGCUGUACAUGUGCCUUUUAUUAAAGAACAUGGAACCUCC